UCCCUAGCUUCCAACACGUUGCGUAUCCAUGGUUGUCCUCUGUUGUCGAGCCUGUUUUACAUCUUCUGACCGAUUUGCAAUCUGUUUCCACCUGGGAGGGCCCCUGUCGGCCGGCCAUUGGUCGGUGUUCAGACGGACGGUUCCUCCCGCCCCACGUGGAAUUGCCUCUAUCGGGGGAGCCCCUGUCGGAGACGGUUAUCCCCGUCUUAAUGUCAAGCUUCAGCCGCGCUCCGUUCGUGCGAGAUCUAGCCGGCCCGUCUGUCUCAGUGGCCCUACAUUGGUGGGGAGUGGACUACCCAGGUAGCGAUGCCUGCGGAUGACGUUCACCCAUACCGUACCGGCGCCAGAAACACAUGUAUUUCUCAAACCCUGUCUUUUAUCCACGUUGAUGGCGUUCCGAAUUAACCCUCCAGCUAAGACAAGAUACCUGAUUAAGCGG